AGUCAAAAUCAAUGCCAAUCAUUUUUCCAUGUCAAUACAGAGGUGAAAGAAAAGUGGUUUUGUUUGUUUCUUAUUUCUCCUGUUAUUAUUUGCUGUAAAUUAUGUGGAUGUCGUGACAAAAGUAAAUUAUGCCAGAGCUGGAUCCUCUUCGCCUUUGUUCCGCUGCGCUCCAUCACAAAUGGCGUGCAGACAGCCUAGGGCGGAGGUUCAGCCUCAGCAUGUUUUUGGUGUUUGCCCUCUGCCUUGUUACCCUCAUCUUCACUCAACGCCUCGCUUCAUCUUCCAACAUUAAUCUCACCAUCGGUCGGACAAUACAGAGCUGGUCGACCAAUGAGGUGGAGUUGUCAAACAUUACGGUGGAGAUUGAGGAGGCGCUGGAGGACCAACGAGCUCUAGUCGCCCAGGAGAUGAAGGGAUACACGUACCCGGCUGGGAAAUACAACAUAUCAGCCAGGUCACUGAAGGACUUGGUACCGGAGCUGGGAGGUCAGCCUCUUCGUAGCCUAGUAUUGACAACCUGGAGAUCUGGAUCUACUUUCCUUGGAGAUGUGUUGAAUUCUCACCCGGCUAACUUCUAUCACUACGAGCCUCUCUUAGACUAUGAGAUUGUCCAAAUCCGAGGACCCCCGACUUCUGUUGACGCAAUGGGAAGACUUGAAAAUCUUCUGCGCUGCAACUACUCAAACCUUGCAGACAACUACUUGGAGUAUGGACAGGAUCACACUUGGCUGUUCACUCACAAUGUAAGGCUGUGGGAUCAGUGUCAGCUACAUCCCCAUCUCUGCUGGCUGCCACAGUUUCUUUCCCCCUUCUGCUCUCUAUUCCCCUUCCAGUCUCUGAAGACAGUCAGGUUGAGGCUGAAGCUAAUCGAACAGUUUUUGUCCGAUCCUACACUGAAUGUCAGAGUGCUGCUGUUAGUGAGGGACCCACGAGGGACGAUGCAGUCUCGCAGACACAGAGAAUGGUGUCCUGGCCAACCUGACUGUUGGGAUCCUGCCAAGCUGUGUGCAGAUCUUACAGCCGACUAUACUACAGCACUCCACCUCGCUGACAAGUACCCAAAUACCUUUAGGGCUAUGAGGUAUGAAGACUUGUCGCUGGAUCCGUACACCGGGGUGCAACAGCUAUUCCAGUUCUUUGGUCUGGACUUCCACCCUCAAGUAAAGGCUUUCCUGGACACCCACACCAAGACCAAUGCUGGGGGAGUAUCCAGCACAUUCCGUAACUCCAAGGCCGCACCCUUCCACUGGCGCCAGGACCUCACGUUCAAGGAGGUGCGCUCAAUACAGCGAGUUUGCCGCCCAGCUAUGGCAGCCUGGGGUUACUUGCCUGCGCACAACGCAUCUCACCAAAAUGACUUGGACCCCAUCACGAAACACUUCUCUCUCGAAUAACACUCCACAGUCUGCCCUUGCUACACAGAUACACAACGUUCAAACACCUGCACGACAGAUGAAAAAUGGUUCAUACUGUUGCUGUUGUAUAAUGAAGAUGGAAUGAAUUGGUAAAGUCACCGAAUGGUGAGCUGGCAGCUUAAAAUCGGUUUAGUUAUUUAAAUUCUUAACUCUUGUUUGCAUUUACAUAUCUGUGUCAGAGAUUUCACAGUUGAGAUAUUAAUUUCUUUUCUCAAUAUCAGAUGGCAGAGCUGUAUUUGAUAUACACUCAACACUCGUUAAAAGAUUGAAUUCUAUACAAAUGAGCAUUUUGAGAUUGAAACACAGAAUAUUAUUAAUAAAGAAUAAUUAAUUGCAUGAUAUACUUUUAGUUAAGAAUGUAGAUUGUUUAUGAGUUGUAGAAAGUUAAGAGAUUUAUAAUUUUAUUAUCUGUACUCAGAACUGUGAUAGUUAAGUUGUUUUUAGAAUAGUUUAUUUCAUUCAAUGUUAUUGUAGAUUUGAGAGUAAAUGAUCAACUUAAUAAAUUCAGAUAUUAAUCUCAAAGCUGAUAAGUAAAUUUAUCUUGGAUAUUAAUUUGUAGAUCUCUUGAUAUAACAAUAUUUUUUUUAUCAACACUUUAAAUCAGUACUUAUAACUUGUAUGCUUGAGGAACUGGAAGAGCUGAUAUUAUUUUAAUCCCUAAAUAAGGUGGUGUCGUUGAACAUGUAUGGAAACUUUAUUUCGUCAUAAUUUUUUUCAUCGCAAAAAUGUAGCAAGGCGCAUUUGAAGUGUUCAACAUUUAGGAGGGAAAUCACGCUUUUGCCUAAGUGCAAUAUACCGGGAUGUGUUACUUAGUCCAAAUUUUAACAAAUAUUUCAACUGUUUAUUACAUGUUAUUUUGUAUAUUUGUAUUUAGUUUUUGUACAUUAUAUUUUAUUUUUAUACAUUAGCCGCAAGCGGAGUACAAUUUACUAUUUGAGUCAUCCGAUGCCAUGUUACUCUAAGUAGUUUUUCGGUUUGUGAUCUAUUUUUAAUGCUUGUCUUAUUUAUUGAAAUUAUAUUUCUAGUCCUUGUUUUGACUAUUGUUAAGGUUAGAGUUGUAAAUGUUUGUUAGUUGUAAGUAUGAGUGUUACAGUUGGAAGAUAAUACAAAGCCUUAGCAAGAAACUCACUUGAUUGUUGACACGAGGCACUAUUUGUUGAUUGUUGUUGAUGAAAUCAAAGCUUUAAGUCACAGUGAUGUUCUGCUGCCUUAUACUAAACAUUUGUUAUGUAAAUAUAAAACAACUGUUGCGAUCACAACUACCUUUCGACAAAUACUACCCUUCUUAAAUACUCUUGGUGCAUUUACAAAUUUUCAUUUCCUUUAUGUAAUUCUGUCAAUCUAGUAAAUUUAUUUUGUAAUUUUUUAUUUAAGCUAACAUUAUUAUAGUUAGUUUUUUAAAAGAGAAAUGUGAGUUAAUUUUGCACUUGUUAUUUUGAGUAUUUCAAUAAUGUUAUCGUGUCAGAUGUUAUUGUACAACUUCCACAGUUAAUUUUUCAAGUAUUCUUAUUCCUUUACUGUGUUGUAUUUUAAACUUUCCAUCAUUUUUCAAUUAGACACAUUUUAUAAUCAUAUUUAUCUGUUCAUACAUACUCUCAACAUAAAUUUUACUUGUACAUUAACAUUUUAUUAUUUCUUACUUUAAUACUCUGCCUCUUCCAUGCAACAUAGCCUAUAAGGUUUAAAUCUAUCAAUUGACUUUUUCCUAUGAUGUAAUAGAUUUUUUGUUAGAAUUUCUAUAGGCGUUUAGAGAUUUUAUACAUUACUGUAAAGAUAAAGUGACAUUAUGCUAAGUAAGGUCUAAAGUUUGUUGAUGCUACACUAUUAUCUGCUGUCAUUCCUUGUAACUAGGUUAUGGUAACUUAGUAUUAGAGGUAGUAUAACAAGUAACAACUAACGAGAGCAAUAAUAUGGAAGAGCUUGUAUUUCUAAAUAGUUUUAGUGGCACUCCCUGUAGUCAAUUUAAGCGAUCAGAAAUAGAAAGCGACCAAAAUCACUGUUUGCUUCGUCUCAUCUUUAUAUGACUUAGUCGAGUUGAGAACUCUUUAAGCGUUAGCUUCAGUAUUUUAGAUUAAUUUGUACUAUUCACUAUUCAGUAUGCAUUUGUUUUUGCAUGGAGGAUUAACAUACUACAGAAGAGAGGUGAUUUGAGGGAUGUAUUCAUUUUAUUGUCAUAGUUCCUUCUUUUGCUGUUAGGGCUGCUACUGUUGUGGCGCUAGUGAUGAUUAUAUAAAUAAAUUUUGACACUGAAAUAAAUUCAUGCUAUUUUAUACACGCUAUGUUAAAUAAUAUUCAUCCUGUCACUCAAGGUUACAGCAUUUAUGGAUCUCAAAAGUUUUUCAAUCUGUUAGUCACAUGAUUCUGUUGUCUGCAACUUUGUUGUAUGUUCAUUCUCAAUGGUUAACAAUACUGUUUGUGGUUUAUUCACCAUUGUUUUAAAGAUUGAAGAGGAGCUUGGAACACGGUUUGAUCCUGAAAAUGAGAAUAAAAAACACAUUUUUACAUCUAUCCUACCCUACGGGUUACUGGUACAUAAGGUGUUUUGAAGAUUAUAUUGCCGAAGUAAGCAUUGCGUUCUUGCUCCUCUUCGUCAUAAUUUAUCCAUGCAACUAACAGUGGCUUGUAUCUAAAGCAAUAAUUAGAAUAAGUCUGUAAAUGUCGACUGAUACCAGGCCUUAAAACAUUGUAGAAGCUGAACUUUUGUAUUUUGACACAGGUAUACCUUGGUUCAAUUUCCAAAAUCAAAAUUAUUUUGAAAAUUCCUCAAUCCCCCCACUAAUUGAAAAGUCAGUAAAGACAUUACUUUGAACUUCUUUGCCCUAGCCUCUAUGCUAAAUUUCAGCUUGGUUCCUAAACCUACAGGUUCGGAAUACCUUAUACUGUAAUUUUCUGUGUCUAAAAGUUGUAAGAAAACAAUAUAUUGAUUGUAAAUAAUCAAUCCUGGAGGCAAUGAUGAAUAAAUUGUAAAAAAACUGGGGCUUUAAAACAGUAACAUUGAGGCUUAAAAUGUGUCUUUAUUGUUUCAUUUUAGGCAAACUUAAAUCAAUGAGUACAAACCCUUUAAGAAGCACAAUGCCUUUGUAAAAAUUCAGUCUGGAAAUAUUUGAAUUUUUGAUGGUUACCGCGGCGACCGAUAGGUAGACUAUCGCAAGCGCACGGUCAAGUCAGCUGACUGAGUGAGACAAAGAAUUAAAGGCUUAGAGAGAGAGAUAGAUAGAGAAGCGGAAGCGAUUGUAGCGGCUGCCGUGCGAAGCUCAUUUCGGCGGCAAGAUUCUAAUAGUACUGCUGAAAACUAGUCAGCAGUCUGACUAUUCUCCAUAAGCAUUUCGCUUCUUAAAGGGUUGGUAUUCAUUGCUUUCAGUAAAAGUGUGUUUUAAAUCUGUGUCAAAAUAUAUGUAAAUACAAUUUAGGAUCAUAUCAUACUUUUUACUCCAUUAUUUAAUUGUUAUGCCGAAAAUUUUGAAUGUGGUGCAUUGUAUGACAACAUUACUGGUAUGCCACCAUUGUAUGAUAAUUGAGAAUUAUAACACAAAAUAGCAUAGGCCUUAGAGCAUAUCAUAGAACAUAUCGUCCAGUCUUGUAUACAAACUACGAACAAAUGUAUUAAAUGUUGCAUAGUAUUUAAUUUGUAUUAUAUUAGAAAACAUACUUUUUAUCUAUGUAAGUUUCAUGUUUUGUCACAUCAGUAACCAACAACAAUAAUUGAUCAUUCGUAUGAAUUGAGCAGAGGGUAACAAGAAUUAAAAGUGGCUUUGAUUUGGUAAACUUGAGGCGUAAUUUCACAUUCUAAAUUGCUAAUAAUGAAGAAUAGUGUCGGCCAAUUGAUAUGUACGCAUGAGAACAAUGUUUAUUUCCACGCGUUCACUCCAAAAAUUAUAUGCUACCUAUCUAUUUUCAUUUAUUUGUCAACUUUUUACACAGUGACUUGAGAUACAAAAUAUUACUUGGAAAAAUCUGUUGAAAAUAGCUUUGGAGGAUCAGUAUUUAAAUUUUUCGGAUUGUGUGACGAGAAUAAAACUUUUUCAACUGCAAGAACUACCUGAACCGAAAGACUAAAAAGUUUAUAGUUUCUUAAGGAAAGAUUGUCUGAUUGCUAAGUAACACCAAUAAAUAAAAAAUACAGUUUUUAACAGCUGAGGAAGCCACUUUAAUUUUUCCCUGUUGUAUUACAAAAGUGUCUCUUAAAAAUGGGAAAGGUUUUCAAAUUUAAUUUUAAACCUAAUAUAUUAAUUAAUUUUAAGUGCGGGGGAAUUGAAUUUUAAAGAUUUCUUUAUUUAGUUAGGUAUGAAUAUACUUAUCAAUACCUCUCUUACUAUUUGAUACUACAAAUGUAUUUAUAUAAAAUUAUAUAUUUAGGCCCAUACAUUUUUCAUUAUAUGUUUUUCACCAUCAAACUAUUACUUAUUUAAAUUACCACAACACUUCAAAAGUUACUGUGGAUCGUUACAACCUCUUUAACAAUUACAUUACUACAUUUAAUAUAAGUGACUUGUCAUUAAGAAUUACAAUUGUACUUGUAACCUCAUAUUGUUGCUAAUGGCCUUUAUAAAGGGUGCACAAAUUUAAGGGAUAAUACUAGCAGCUUUGUACAUACAUUUGUAGCAUAUUAUUAAUAAAUAAUUUAGUAUUUUGUAGAACAUCAUGAAAAAGAAUUGCUUUAACAAACAGUUUAAUGCUUUUGAAUUGCAUAUUGUAAACCCUUUUUCUGAUUCCUGUGAUGGUAUCUGUGGUGGUUCUGAUUCCUGGCUUAUUUGACUUAAGGGUGGGGGCUAGUUUCUUUGCUAAAGUUAAAACAGAACUAUCUAUUUUAUUCUGUUAGUUCCUUAAAAUUGAUUUGAACUUUGUAUUCGUAGGCCUAUGUUGCUGAUAAAAAAAUGUCGUUGCUUUGAUUUAUCAGCUUUACCACAGUUUGAAAAGAGGCUAUAAAUUUAUUUGAGUUUGAUUAGGGAUAUAAAUGAUUUAGGUAAAUUACUUCCAAAUAUAAACAAUAAAUUAAGUCUUAUUUUUUGGUUAUGGCACAGAGAAGUAAAAAAACAGAGGAUAUAUUCAAUGGUACGCUUAAUUGGUGUCCAGCACCGGUCGCUGGUGUCUAGAGUAAAUUCUACUUGUCAUCCCCUUCCACUCUUCUUUCUCCCCUCAAAUUGUGCUCACGCUGUAGAAAGAGACUGUGCGAUACAACUGCUGUAGAAAUAUGCUAUGUGGCCAUCGCUGUUCGGGAUCUUCCUUGCUUGAUCUUGAUACUAGUAUAUUUCCUCCCUAACAUACCAGAGCUGGGGAGCGAGCCGGUCUAGUGGUUAGAGCGCGGGACUUCAGUUCCUGAAGUCCCGGGUUCAAAUCCCGCCAAAUCACCAGUGGAUUUGAUCUAAGUGAUAUUGCCGCAACCCCUAGGUUUAGCCUGAAGUAAUGUGAAAACAAUUCUGGGCUCUUGCUUAGCGUCCUAGGACAAAAAAAAAUAUACCAGAGCUAAAAACGCACGGUUGUCCCAUAAGCUUGUAUCCCCUGUAUCUUUCUUCUCUGUCGUUAUGGUCAGUUUAAGACUUGUUGUAUUGAAGGGAUCAAGUUUAAUAAAUAUGGAAAAAUCAGAGAAAGGGUGGUAAAAUGCAGAUACUUUUGCUUAUCAUUCCUGGGCAACCACUGCCAUAGGUAGAAGUCAGUGCCUUUACCAUAGACUAGGCCUAACUUAUUGCCUCGGACAGCUUAGCCUAAUAAGUAUUUUAUAGCUCAACCACUCACACCAAUUUUUCAUCUAUGAAUACCCAUGUUGAUUCCUACCGCAACAAAUUGUUACUCGAGUACUCUCCGAGACCACACCAUUCCGUGGCCUAACAGGAUUAUGUGUAUUCACUAUGAUCGUUCUGAGGAUACAGGUUUUGGUGUGAGUUUCAAGAUGAUCUGAAAAUUGAUAUUUUGAUACAAAAACAAUCCUGUUUGCACUAAUUUUUAAAUAGUCUUUACGACCCUGUAAGUGAUACUCAAUAAAAUUUUCUGA